AUGCCCACUAUGACAACUCUUUCGAGAGCGUCGCGAUUCUCAACAUCCUCGUCGAGCUUACGAAAUGCUUAUCCAUGGAUCAGCGGUCGAUUUGACCAGGCUACCAGCCCGGCGUCAAAGCUUUCGAUCACAGACCCGGCGCGAACCACUCCCAUCGGCUCAAUAGCCAUCCCCACCACCGAUCAAGUCCAGAAAGCACUCGACGAUGCCCAUUCGGUCUUUGCCUCUGGCCACGGCGACUGGUCUUCCCCCGAUUCGGUCCAUUUCCGGUCCGAGUGUCUCUACCGUCUCGCUCAGAUCCUGCGACAGCGUGCUCCCGAACUAGCAUUGCUCGAGUCGCAACAAACCGGUCGCUGUAUCCGCGAGUUCCGUGCGCAGCUCGCAAGGCUGUACGAGUGGUUCGAGUACUAUUCGGCCCUCAUUCGCGUCGGAGAAGGCAGUACGCUGCCGCUACGUGGUCAGUUGCUCGGCUACAAAGCUCGACGUCCUCUGGGUGUUGUUCUGCAGAUCACCCCUUUCAACCACCCGCUCCUGAUUGCUGUCAAAAAGCUGGCUGCUGCUUUAGCUGCGGGAAACAGCGUCAUCGUCAAGCCCAGCGAGGUGGCCCCCCUCACCGUACUAGAGCUGGGCCCUAUGAUUAAGGAAGCUGGUAUCCCGGACGGCGUCGUUCAGAUCCUCCCCGGCGCCGCUGAGACAGCCAAGCAGCUCGUCGAAUCGCCGUACAUCCGCAAGAUUGACUUCACAGGUGGAACCAAAGUGGGCACGCUCCUGUCCGAGCAAGCCGGCAAGCGACUCAUUCCCAUCACCACCGAGCUUGGCGGCAAAGCUCCGCUCAUCGUCAUGGACGACUGCCCGCUCGACGUGGCCGUCAACGGCGCCUCGUUUGCUGCAUUUGUAGCCAGUGGCCAGACGUGCGUGUCUGCAACUAGGAUCCUGGUGCACGAGAAGGUCUUUGCCGAUUUUGUGGCGCGUUUCGCCGAGAGAGCCAACAACAUCGCGCGUCGCUUGGGUGAUCCUCAAAAUCCAGAAACGCUGUUGGGCUCGCUUAUCAGUGCGGCACACGUGGACAAGGUCGAGGCGUUGGUGCAGAGCGCCACCGUGUCAGGUGGGGGCUCGACAGCGGCGUGGAAAUGCAUUACAGGUGGGCAGAAACCCAGCGGUGCGGCAUUUGAUGCACACGAUCUAUCGUCAGGCGCCUUUUACCCACCGACCAUCUUGACACCUGCCUCUCUCUCGUCUAACACAAGCUCUCUGUCGUCUACGGCAGAACAAAGUGUACGGAGCAGCACGCUGUGGCAAGAGGAAGUGUUUGGUCCCGUCGUCUGCGUCGUCCCCUUCCGAGACGAUGCGCACGCUGUCGAACUGGCCAACGAUAGCCGAUUUGGCCUGGGCGCGAGCGUCUGGACCGCCGACCAUGCGCGAUUCCACCGGCUCGUGCCUCGAAUCAAGGCGGGCAUUGUGUGGCUCAACACACAUCAUCGUAAUGACCCUUCGAGUCCGUGGGGUGCCAUCGCCCCCUCUGGCGACUUCUCCGGCGGAGGUGGUGCAGCGAGUUUGGGCGCGAAUCCAUCCGGAAUCGGAAGAGAAAACGGCGUGGAAGCACUCAACGCUUACAGCACCGUGCAGAGCAUCACGAUCAACUAUGCUGAUCACCAGACCAUGCGGGCUUCAGAGGAUUGGUUCGGUCCUGCGGACAAGGAGAGUUCUUCAGCCCAGUCCAGCGUGAGGUACGGAUGA